AUGGCCGUGUCAACAAACGCAGACCAUCAGAUCAUUCCACGGUCUCCAGCCGAACCCAAAUUGGCUGGUGUUCCAAUGCGCAUCCAGACCAUGGCACAGAAACUGUGGUACAACGACAGCAUGCCAGACGAGGUAGCCGGCGGGACUGUUGAGUACUCGGACAAGAAGACAGCCAGAGCGACCCCCACUAUCUACGACGUUGUACUAAUGUCAAGGGAUGAGCUUCUCUUGGACCACAAGGUCUUCGUCCUCGUUAUUUCCGUGCACGCCCGCCUUGGCAGUAGU